AUGGAUGAUUCCAAUGGGAGUGCAGCCAAUCCCAGCGGUGUUCAUGGUCAGGUGAUGCCCAUGGAGGAGUGGGACUGUAGCUCAGGAUGUGGGGGGAGGGGGGAGCAGGGGAAGAGAGAGGACAGGCGGCUGGCGGGGGUGUGUGGUCUGGUUAACAGUGGUAACUCCUGCUACAUGAACGCUGUGCUGCAGUGUCUCUUCUCCACUGUGCCGUUGGUGGAACACCUCCUCAGCUCACACAAACGCUCCCAGCUGGCCAAGCGUAACAGUCCUGUAGCGGGGGUGUUUGUGCACCUCCUCCAGGAGGUGUGGCAGGGUCAGGGGGGUACCAGCUUCACCUCCCCAGAGAAGGUGAGGGCCUUGGUCUCCUCCCUGCACCCCCAGUUCAACAACCAAUCACAGCAGGACGCCCAGGAGCUACUCCUCCUCCUGCUCAACGCCCUGCAUGACGACCUCAAGAAUAAGGGGGAGAGGCGUCAGACACGUUCUUCCCAGCGGUUGUGUCUGGGCAGGAAGUCGCUCAGCUCGGCGCCAGCAGCGGGGGAUUCUACGGUGGUGACACGUCUCUUCGAGGGACAACUCAGCUACCAGAUGCUGUGUCUGCGCUGCGACGGACACUCUCACAGCAACCAGGUCUUCACCAUCCUGUCUCUGCCAAUACCACUUGACUCAUACAAGUGCUCCCUACAGGACUGCCUGUCGCUGUUCUUCCAGCAGAGUACGUUGACGUGUGGAGAUCAGAAGUUGUGUCCAGAGUGUGGAGUGAAGAGAGACACAGCUGUCCUCACCAGCAUGACCAAACCACCUGAGAUACUGGUGCUGCACCUCAAACGUUUUGGUUGCCAUGGAAGUGAGAAGAGGAAGUUGAGGACCAACGUGUUGUUCUCAUUGGACAGUUUAGACCUAACCCCCUUCCUGUCCAGCCCCUCAGCCAAUCACACUAGCUACUCUCUCUACGCAGUGGUGAACCACACAGGAGACCUGGACAUGGGUCACUACACGGCCCUGUGCCACAGUCCCCUGUCCAGCAGCUGGCACCACUUUGACGACACGGCCGUGAGCGAGGUCGUGGACUUCUUGGUGCAGUCUCCUAAUGCCUACAUCCUGCUGUACAGCCGUCAGCCCUUCCACAGACCCAACAUCCCCAGGAUCUGACCCACCACAGACCCACCAUACCCCGGAUCUGACCCACCACAGGCCAAAAACAUACCCAGUCCCAGGAUCCAACUAGGACCCGUGCUCUCUUAGCCACUACUAAUUCCACGACUUACCACGGCUUUAGGCCCAGAAUAUCCUCUAACUGGGACCCACCACCGGUCCAACUUACCACAACUUUAGGCCCAGAAUAUCCUCUAACUGGGACCCACCACAGGCACAAUUUACCACGGCUUUAGCCCCAUCAUAUCCUCUAACUGGGACCCACCACAGGCCCAACUUACCCAUCAUGCCCCAUAUCUGACACACCACAGGCCCAACUUACCCAUCAUGCCCCAUAUCUGACACACCACAGAACCAACUUACCCAUCAUGCCCCAUAUCUGACACACCACAGGCCAAAAACAUACCGUGGCUCUGAUCAAGACGCAGACUGGUAGAGCCCAGAGCCCACGAAGUGCCAACCCAGCCCCUAGUCUAGCCCAG